GCAACAAGCUGAUGAAAAUUCGACUUGCAUUUGUAAGUGCGUAAGGUCUAAAUAAUUUAUUGAAUUAACAUUAUACAUAUUAAAAAUGGGAGGCUCAAGCGACACUUCCUAUGAUGAGUUUUAUGCCAGGUUGAACAGCUCAGACAAUCCACGUAAUCUGCGCCAGAUUUUUGAGGAGGACUGCCACUAUGCAGUACGCAGGGAGUCCGCCAAUUUGAGCUAUAGUCCGCCGCCGCAGCCACUAUAUAACCGCCAACCACAGCCGGCAUAUUACCCCCAACCACAGCCGGCAUAUAACCAUCAACUACAGAGCGCGUUUUACCCCCAACAACAGCCGGCAUAUUACCCCCAACAACAACCGGUAUACAACCACCAACCACAGCCGGGAUAUUACCCUCAACCACAGCCGCUAUAUUACCCCCAACCACAGCCGGUAUAUAACCACCAAGCACAGACGCUAUAUAACCACCAAGCACAGCCGGUAUAUAACCACCAAGCACCGCCGGGUUAUAACCAUCAAGCACCGCCGGUGUAUAACCACCAACCACAGCCGGUUUAUAACCACCAAGCACAGUCGGUAUAUAACCUCCAAGCACAGCCGGUAUAUAGCCACCAACCACAGUCGGUAUAUAAACUAACACCACAGCGUAGCAGUAUGCAGGAGAGCAUAACAAUGGAAACUUGGAGCACUGUCAUUACCAAAGUGACCACUGGCUUUAAUGGCAACGACAAUGUGGAACGCUCGGGUGUGGCACAUGCCGGCGCCGCCAACAGUGUGUCGGACAGUGAGAGCGUAUCGACGCCCUCGACACAGGAGGUCGCCAACGCGAUGGACAAAUCGCACCAGCAGCCUGAAGCCAACCAAACGGUGGUGCCACUGGACAACAGCACCUCAGAGAAACCACUUGCAGUACAAGAGCAAGCCAUUUUUGCAUUAACCAAGGUUGUGGUUAAUUGCCCUGUUGACGUGGAGCACGGUAUAGACGAGAAAGCGGAUACCAUACCGCAAACUAUGUGCCCUUUGUCCAUUAGCAGCCCCAAGACCUCGCAGCUAAACAGUGCAGAUAACACAGUCUCUUCGACCACGGACUUGGCAGACAGCGAAGAUGAGUUGCUCGAACUGGAACAAAAGGUGCUCAAUUUCAAAAAGGAGAAUCGCGCACUGAUCAAAAACAUCAAGCUAAAGGAGCAGGAGAUUGAAGACUUACGUGCCACUACCAACGCGCGCUGCGAACAGCUCCGCGGCGAGUAUAAUGAGCUGAAAAAACAGAAUACAGACCUGCUGGCCUCCAUGACAGCACAGCGCACGGCUAACUUUACCAUCAAUGGCUGCGGCGAUUGCCCACAGUAUUUAAACAAACUUAAUCUGUUGGAGUACCGCAUUGCGGCAUUACAGCGCUCACUCAUUGGAUAUGCUAUGAAUGGCAAUACGACUGCCGUAGCAGCGCUACCUCCAGAGUGGCGACAAGCAUGCCCAAUACUAUGA